AUGGCUCAGCUUGUUCAACCGAUUGCGAACGGUGCGUUUGUUUUGAGUAUUGACACUGAUUUUGAUGGAUGUAUGAAGCUGAUUAAGGAGAUUACUUCGGAGUUACCGAUUUAUUUACCGAAUUCGUUGAAUAGUUUGAGGUUAGAAGGGCAAAAGACUGCGGCGAUUGAGAUUCUUCAGCAGUUUAAUUGGGAAGUACCUGAUUGGGUGAUUGUUCCUGGAGGCAAUCUUGGUAACAUUUACGCAUUUUACAAGGGUUUUAAAAUGUGUCAUGAGCUUGGACUUGUCGAUAGGAUGCCGAGGCUGAUUUGCGCACAAGCGGCUAACGCGAAUCCGCUUUACUUGCAUUCAGACCCGGGCCCUGAGGCAAAUGCCUUUUUGCUUGGCUUACAGGCACGACCUUGCUUGCAUUACAAGUCAGGUUGGAAAGAUUUCAAGCCGGUUAAAGCGAAUACAACUUUCGCCUCUGCGAUUCAGAUUGGUGAUCCGGUUUCGAUAGAUAGGGCGGUGUACACUCUUAGAAACUGCGACGGUAUUGUUGAAGAAGCUACGGAAGAGGAGCUUAUGGACGUGAUGGCUCAGGCGGAUUCGACCGGAAUGUUUGUUUGUCCACACACUGGUGUUGCCCUAACGGCUCUGUUUAAAUUGAGGAACCAAGGGGUGAUUACUGAUCGGACCGUGGUGGUGAGUACUGCUCACAGGUUGAAAUUCAGUCAGUCUAAGAUCGAUUACCACUCGAAAGCCAUACCCGAUAUGGCUUGUCGGUUCUCAAACCCGUUGAAGUGA